CCUCCGCCGCCGCCUCCCCCACCACCUCCAAAUAUGGGAGAUACUCCUCUUCCUCCGCCACUAGACACGGGAACGACGGCUAACGGUCCAGUCACCAAUGGCCCAGUCACUCCACAGGAGAAUGGUCCCCAUGGGGCGCCACCUGGCCAAGAGGAGGAGAAGGUGUGGGAAAGGUCAUGGAGCAUUGACGAAAUACGAAAAGGUGCCACAAAUUGGAGUCUGGCAGGAGAUGCAGGGCUCCUGUUGUACUUGCAAGAAUUUUCACAGAAAAUGAUAUCCAGAACUCAUGAGAUAGAAAAACAGGUCGAUGGACUUGUGAAUGAAAUGAAGUCCACGGAUGUGAGGGUGCAUAAUACAUUUAAUGACUUCAUUAUGCUGGCUAAUACACAGUUUGUGGAAAAUAGAGUAUAUGAAGAAGAUCUCAGCCAAAAUCCUGAAAACCCAGAGGGUGAGAAAAAGAGCGAGGAACAAGAAAAGACCAGGGAACAAAAAGAAGCCGAACUGAUCCCAAAGAUCACUGAAGCUAUUAACUAUGGACUUAAUGUGAUAGAUACAGCAUUUGAAAAACUAGAUGUGAAUGCAGGAAAUUCCGAUUCUGAGGACGAAGAUGCCAAUUAUAAAGUUGAUCCCAUUUUUGAACCUAAGGAUCCUUACAUCAAUCGACCUCUUCCCCAUGUGAUAGGGACUCCACUCUUCCUGCAGUCAGAUGAUGUUGGUUUAGAAGAGCUCCCCUCAGAAGAUGAAGCUGUGUCAGACCAUGGUAGCAUCAGUGAGUCUGAAGAGAGCGAGGAGUCUGAGUCAGACUCUGAAGAGGAUAAAAAACCACAGAAAGUAUCCUCCUCUGAGGAAGAGUCUUCUGAGAGUGAAAGUGAAAGUGAAACUGACAGUGGGAGUGGCUCUGAAAAAGAGGUCAAGGUCAAAACCAAGGCCAAAUCAAAAGCCAAAAAGAUUGAAGACAGUGAUGAUGGCGACCUGUUUGCAAAAGAAUCUGAGGAAGAAGGGGAAGAGGAUCUCAAUAGUGAGGAGGAGGAGGGGGAAGACGAGGAAGAAGAAAAACCAAAAAAGCCGCCACCCCCAGUGGACUUUGCCUCAGAGUUGGCUGCCAAGCUGGGGGGUGGCAUUCCUCAGCCUCCAAAACAACAGGACCAGGAUGAGGAUCAGGAUGAGUGGGAGGACGCAGAAGAGGCACCAAAACAUAAAGAGAAAAGACGAUCUUCCAAAAGUGAAAAGAAAGAAAAGAAGGAAAAGAAAGAGAAGAAGAGCAAAAGGAAAGAAUCUAAAGGAAGUGAAGCUGGGGACCUUUUUGGCCCUCCGCCCGUGGAAGAUGAUGACUCCCCCUUUGGUCGAAAAGGCGGACUGUUCUCUAGUAGUGGAGGACUGUUUGAUGAUGACAACGAUGAGGGUGGUGGUCUUUUUGAUGAUGUAAUAAAAGAAGAAAAAAUAGAAGAAAAGUCUGAGGAAGAGGAUGAGGAAGAGGAAGAAAAACCUCCCCCUAAAGCCAAAGAUCUAGAUGAUGAUGACAACGACCUGUUUAGUUCCCCAAGUUCUAAACCAAGCCAGACAAAAUCAACUGCCAAGUCUGGAGGAGGAGGAGGGGGUGGACUCUUCGAUGAUGAUGAUGAAGGAGACCUCUUUGGGUCUGCACCACCACCUAAAAAGGGUACGUACCUGGUUAAAUAUUGA